AUGCUGGUCUUCUGGGCCCCUCUACUGACGAUGGUGCUGCUGAGGGUCCUGCCGCUGAUGAUCACGCUCGCCCUGAGUUUCUUCCGUCACCUGACGAUGCUGCUGGCGUGCUUUCUGUUCGUCAGCCUCCUGCAGGGCCUUUACCUCGUGAAGGUGGUGCUGCUGCGGGCCCUGCCUCUGCUGGUCUCGUUCUCCUCGAGCUUCCUCCUCUUCUUGACGAUGCUGCUGGCGUGCCCGCUGUACUUCAACCAUCUGCUGGGCUUCAGCCUCACGUCGGCGGUGCUGCUGCAGAUCCUGCCGCUGCUGAUCCCGCCCGGCAUGCGCAUGAGCCUCCUGCGGGGCAUCUUCCGCCACCUGACGGCGCUGGGCGGCCUCCCUCUGAAGGCGCUGCGCAGCUACUUCCUGAACGUGGGCUUCAUGAUGCAGACGCUGAUGGCCAAGGGUGUGUGUUGGGUCCCUUAG